CUUACAUCGCUUAGACGCCCGCAUUUGCUCUUGGAAGCAAACGACGUCAACAGCAAUAUUGUACUGGGCCGCGCCCUGGGUAUCUCCUCUAGGCACUCGCUCUCGUGUGUGUUGGGCUUUGGGAUCUCAAGACCUGCUUUAUCAUUGAUUCUGACCCCUACAGACGGUCACUAGCCGUCGCAAGACUAGUAGUCUAGCUGCCGGUGGUCCCUUGAAGAAGUUAUUGCACUUCGACUUGCCACCAUGGCGUCCGAAGCAGGUCCCUCAACUGUUCCAGACAAUAAAAAGCCAAUCGUCAUCAUUACGAUAGGUAUGGCCGGCGCGGGCAAGUCGACCUUCGUUCAGCGGAUCAACUCCUACCUGCACUCGCUCGAGCCAUCCUCGCCGCCGUACAUCCUCAACCUGGACCCGGCGGUCACGAAUGUGCCGUUCGAAGCGAACAUCGACAUUCGGGACACGAUCAACUACCAUGAGGUGAUGAAGCAAUAUAACCUGGGUCCAAACGGCGGGAUCUUGACCGCGCUGAACCUCUUCACGACAAAAUUCGAUCAGGUGCUGGGGCUGGUGGAAAAGAGGGCGGAGACUGUGGAUUAUGUGAUCAUGGACACGCCCGGCCAGAUCGAGAUUUUCACCUGGUCGGCUUCUGGGGCCAUUAUCACGGAUGCGGUUGCAGGAACGUUCCCGACAGUAGUGGCGUACAUUAUCGACACGCCUCGGACGACCGCCCCCGCCACAUUCAUGUCAAAUAUGCUGUACGCGUGCAGCAUCCUGUACAAAACGAAGCUUCCCUUCAUCCUUGUCUUCAAUAAAACCGACGUUCAGCCGCACGACUUUGCCCUCGAGUGGAUGCAUGAUUUCGAGGCCUUCCAGGAGGCGCUUGCGACACAUCGGGGGACAACAGACGAUGAAGGAGAGCCGACAUACAUGAACAGCCUCAUGAACAGCAUGAGUCUCGUGCUCGACGAAUUCUACAAGCAUCUUACCGCGGUCGGAGUAUCGAGCAUGACGGGGGCGGGGAUCAAAGAAUUCUUCGACGCGGUGGAAGCCUCACGAACAGAAUACGAAACUGAAUAUAUUCCCGAGCUAGAACGCGCACGCGCUUCACGAGAGGAAUCGCUGCAAAAGGUGAAGGAAGACUCGGUGAACCGGCUGAUGGCUGACCUCGCCGUUGACCGUGCGCGAGACCCGAACGCCGCGAUGAUGGACCGGUGGGAUCCUCACGAGGAAGACGAGGAUGAUGACGCGGAUGUAAACAUCAUUGACCGGAGCGAGGAGCCCUGGCCGGGUCAGUAUAUCGACGUGACGAGGAUGCGCGGUAGGAAUGACGAGGGGGUCAACUGGCCGCGGCCGGGGUAGUCGCCUGUGUGUGGGACGUGGAUCGCAAUCCUGUAUGAUCACCUUGUAACGGACUGUAUCCACUAAUUGUAUAGAUGCCGCAAGGUUUGGCAGAUCGUUGACAUGUACAUUGCCGUGCAGCGACCCUUACGAACCGUCGUGGACCGCAAUUUCAUGCCCUUAGUUAUGGAAGCGGCAUUUGUACGUGCC